CCCGCCCCCGCCGAAGCCCCGCCCCACCCCGCUAGUAGCUUGUCCCGCGAGAGACACGGCUGAGCGCUACGGGACGCAGUGGACAUGGUGCGCGGCAGGAUCUCUCGGCUCUCGGUCCGCGACGUGCGCUUCCCCACCUCGCUCGGGGGCCACGGCUCGGACGCCAUGCACACAGACCCUGACUACUCUGCUGCUUACGUUGUCAUAGAGACUGAUGCAGAAGAUGGACUCAAGGGCUGUGGCAUUACCUUCACCCUGGGGAAGGGCACUGAAGUUGUUGUCUGUGCUGUGAAUGCCCUCGCACACCAUGUGCUUCACAAGGACCUCAGGGACAUUGUCAGUGACUUCAGAGGCUUCUACAGGCAGCUCACAAGUGAUGGGCAACUCAGAUGGAUUGGUCCAGAGAAAGGUGUGGUGCACCUGGCCACGGCAGCCAUUCUGAAUGCGCUGUGGGACCUGUGGGCAAAGCAGGAGGGGAAGCCUCUGUGGAAGUUACUUGUGGACAUGGAUCCCAGGACGCUGUCAUCUUGCAUUGAUUUCAGAUACAUCACUGACGUCCUGACGGAGGAGGAGGCCUACGAAAUACUGCAGAACGGUCAAGUUGGUAAAAAAGAAAGAGAAGAGCAAAUACUGACUCAUGGCUACCCUGCCUACACCACGUCGUGCGCCUGGCUGGGGUACUCAGACGACACACUGCGGCAGCUCUGCACAGCGGCACUGAAGGAUGGCUGGACCAGGUUUAAAGUGAAGGUUGGGGCUGACCUUCAGGAUGACAUGCGUAGAUGCCGCCUCAUCAGAGAUAUGAUUGGACCAGAGAAGAUUUUGAUGAUGGACGCCAACCAGCGCUGGGACGUGCCUGAGGCAGUGGAGUGGACGUCAAAGCUGGCUGAAUUCAAGCCAUUGUGGAUUGAGGAACCCACAUCCCCUGAUGACAUCCUAGGGCAUGCCGCCAUUUCCAAGGCACUGGCCCCAUUAGGAAUUGGUGUCGCCACAGGAGAACAGUGCCACAAUAGGGUGAUAUUUAAGCAACUCCUACAGGCGAAUGCCCUGCAGUUUCUCCAGAUUGACAGCUGCAGACUAGGAAGUGUCAAUGAGAACCUCUCAGUUUUGCUGAUGGCCAAAAAGUUUGGAAUUCCUGUUUGCCCCCAUGCUGGUGGUGUUGGCCUCUGCGAGCUGGUGCAGCACUUGAUUAUUUUUGACUACAUAUCAGUGUCCGGAAGCCUUAAAAACAGGAUGUGUGAAUACGUGGAUCACUUGCAUGAACAUUUCAAGUACCCUGUAAUUAUCAGGAGGGCUUCCUACAUGCCUCCUAAGGAUGCUGGCUAUUCAACAGAAAUGAAGGAGGACUCUGUAGAGAAACACCAAUACCCAGAUGGCGAAGUAUGGAAGAAACUCCAGGCUGCUCAAGAAAAUUAAGUGUUCACCCCUAACAAACACCUUUUCUUAAGUGAAAAGGCUUAUAAUUUCUUGGGACAGUUUUAGAAAAAUAGGAGGAAAAAAACCUCAUCCUACCAAUCAAGUUCAGUUGAAAGCUGUAUUAACCUUGGGAGUCAGCUUAAUCAUUGGUAUCACUUGAUUCUUUCAGCAAGUCAAAAUGUUUUCUAUUUAAUCCUUAAAUUUAAUUUACCUAAUCCAAAAAUGCAGGAAGAUGUUCUCAGAAAAUUUCUAUCAAGGGCUGGACAUUAAACUGUACUUUGAAAAUGAGGAAAACAUCACACAAUGUGUUGGAAUGAUUCCUUGUUCUCUCUGUUAGCACUUGUCAUGAAGUAGCAGAAUAAAAACAGUUCGGCAGUGCAGGGCAUCUGGUAUGCAUGACAUGGUUUAGCAUCCCUUUUCUUGAUCAAUGUGAGCAUAUUAGAGAAUUCACAGCAUACUAAAAUUAACAGGGACAAAAUGUUAUUUCAUAGAUUACUUUUUAUCUCUUCAAAAAACUAUCCUAAGUGGCCACUAUAUUUUAAUAUAAAAUGCACCUAAAAUGAGAUGAAUCAUGGAAAAACAGGGCAAAACAGUUAAAAGUCGUAUUUCUAAAAUACACUGUAAUCAUCUGAAAAGCAUCCUAACAAGAUUAUGUAUGUGUGUAUGCUGUACUCCUAGAAGGUUCAGGUCAAUCUGUUUGAGGCAGGAACC